CCCGCCGUGAGGGGAAGAGGGCUCCGCGCGAGCCCUCCCGAGGCGAGUGAGCCCCGUCCGUUGCUCAAGGCAGCGUUCGGCCUUAGGCGGAAGAAGGUGACGGGUCUUCCCUGUUGCCGGCCCCCGCAGGAUGAAUACUGAUAUUAAAAUUAUGAAUCGUGAGGAGGGCUGCUCCCACUGCUCUCUGGAGAAGACUGUAGUGGUAUGCGGUGGGUCCCCGGGGCAGUGUUAUCCACCCCCUCCCCGACUGAGAUAUCUCCAAGGAACUUCGCUCCUGAGGGGCUAGCUCACAGUAAAAACUAACGAGGUUAGCUCAAUUGCAAAAAAGGAGGAUGAAGUCACUGGACAUCCUGCGGGAAUAACUCCUACACCUGCUUCAGAAAGAUUUACGCUGUGUCAUUAGGUGGAAGGGGGAAGGCUGCAGAAGGGCUCUGGAGAUCACCAGACACGGAACUUUCUGAAGCUGGCGAGGGUUCAGUCUACAGAAAGAGUACAGUGCUGUAUUCUCCAUAAACAUUCUACUUACCCUAGUCUCAAGCUGCUCGUGGGUACAGCGGGGAGGAGAAUUGGGCUUGGUCAUUGAGGGUAUAUAUUUUAGCUCUCAGGGUCCAGAAGAAACCGGUUUCCUCCUUCCUUCCCUCCAGUUUGCAAGUUUUCAGAAUGACUUCCUUGGUUGACAUGCCCUUGAAUUAUGAAAAGAUGUUUGCUCAUCGAUUCACAUCAGAUGAUGAAGAAUACCAAGAAUACCUGAAACGCCCUGCAGAUCCCCCUCCUAUAGUUGAAGAAUGGAGAAGCAGAUCUGGUGGCAGUCAGAGAAACAGAGAUCGGUUUCAAGAUGGUAGAUAUUUUAGAGGAGACAGAUACAACUGGCAAGGUGACUAUAGAUCUAAUCAGAGGCCAGAAAGAAGUUGGGGUAAUAGCUACCAGCAGCACAGACAAGGACAAUCGUACUCUUCCCACUAUGGACAAUAUGGCUACAACUCCUACAACCCAGGGCCUCGUUACCAUCCCUACUGAUGAUAUUUGUGGUUUGAAAGCCCAGUGAUUCUAUGUAACAAAUACAGUUAGAUUUCAGUUUUCUUAUUUUCCAGUUUUAUAGAUGACUGAAGAAUCAGUAUUACAGUCCAUUGCUGUUUAUCUGUAGUGCGAAUUGAAAAAGGGAAUACCUUUUAUGAAUAAUAAAAGUGUAUUAUAUGGAGUUUGUUUAGUCUGUAGAUCUUAGAUUAAAUUUCUAUCUCAUUCUUUUGUCUGAAUACAUACUAGUAGACUUCUUUUCUUCCAUCACUGAAAUUUCUCUGUUACAUUUUUGAAAACACAGCAGGUCAGGGGGAAAGAGCUGUGGUUUGUGUGCAGCCUGUAGCAGUGGCACAUUGCCUUAAGAUAGUUCUUUUUGAAAGUGACAUAUUGUGUCUUUCUCUGGAGAGAAUUUCUUAGUUUGGCUUUUGAUAGUGAGAAAAGCUCAGUUUGGUUUGAAUUUCAGAUGCCUUAAAACUGAGACGAGAAAUGCUAUUAGAGAAGUAUUUUAUGGGGUCAGCAUAGUGUCUGUUGACUCAAUGACUUCAAUUUAUUUGCAGUAUUCCUCUUAAAACAUGUUCUAAAAGUUGGAAUAAAAAUGAAGUAGUUCAAAUAUGUAUCUUAUUGUAGUAGUUCAGUGAUAUACAAGUUUUACCUUGAGAAGUGAUAUCAGACUUAGAUGAAUUUGUAUCAUCUUAAAAUAAAUUUGGUACGUGCAUAACAAAUUUUGGAAUUCCCAUUUCAGUAAAGCUGUAAAAUUUUGAUGAUAAUUAUGAUUAGUUUGUAUGAAAUACUUUGUGCAUGUUAUAGAAGAAAGGAACCAUAAUCAGUACUGUUCUGUACUUUUUUUGCAUGAGAAAGUAGCAUAAGCAGUGCAGAGUGUUAUUCAGUUCUUAGAAUUUAAGUUCUGUGGGGUUUUUAAGUAUUCACACAAUAAAGUAUAGUUCUCAUGUAAGGAUGUUUCUGAAUAUUUGAACCUUUUGAAACAAUUGCAACACUGUCACCUAGGCUGACAGCUGCACAAGAAGCAGUACUAACAGGUAAGUGUUAAUACUGGACAGCUGUUGGUUUAAGUUAGAAGAAUUGCCUACUCGGCUACAAUCAAGAGGAUAAGACACAUUGUGAUUAAUUAGAAGUCUGGAGUGUUAAUCCACUAUCUUACAUUCUCCUAUAAUGGGGUUCAAAGUGCUCUAUUUCACCAUUUACGUGAUAAGCCAAUUUGUAUCAGGAGAGCAGUGCAUUUCUUUGUACUUGACAUUUUCUUCAGCUGUUGUACAGAAACACAGAACCAUCCAUGCUGACUGUUGUAAAAGUCAUGACAUUACAUGAUAAGGAGUGCAAAUCAGUGCAUCUUGAUUUAAAAACAAAGAAUAAAUAUAGAAGUCAAAAGCACAGUCUCCCAGCUCAUAAGAUGCUUUUAAGAGCUAAAGGUUAUGUUUACUGUUGACC